CUUUGAAUCUAAUUUUAUCGGUCGCGUUCUGUGAGACAGCAUGGAGUGGUAAAGUGACAGCUAAUUUGGUGUAGGGGUUAUGCAGUAGUCAGUGACACGGGAAAAAUAGUGGGUAAAAGCAUGAAAAAAUUACAGACAGUAAAUGAAAAUCUUGUUACGUAAAUCAUGUGGCGAAGUGAUGUCUUUCCAUUACAAACUUUCAAUCACAAUGACAAAUAUAUAGUAUUAAUAUGUGAAAAAUGAAGUAUUAAAUAAGUGAAACCUUGUGAAGAAGAAACACACUGAUGUAGAAGAAGUAUUGAGCUCUUAUAAUUAGAGAAAAGAAAGAUUUUUUUUCUCUAAAAAAUUAUCCUUUGUAGCAACAAUAAUGGCGGACGAAGAAAGCAGCAACACGUGCGAAGAUUCUUUGGGACCCACAGAUACAAGUACUGCUUUUGCAAAAAAAUUAAGGGGACGGAAAGGUGCUCUGAAGAAAAAGAAUGUUUACGUCGUCAAAAAUCACAGUUUUAUGCCCCGAUUUUUCAAGCAGCCAACAUUUUGCAGUCACUGUAAAGAUUUUAUAUGGGGAUUUGGAAAGCAAGGUUAUCAAUGUCAAGUAUGCAGCUUUGUUGUUCACAAACGUUGUCACGAAUAUGUCACGUUUACUUGUCCUGGAGUUGACAAAGGUGCUGAUUCUGAUGCUGUAAGUGCUCCUCACAAAUGGGAUGUCAUUACUUACCUUACGCCAACGUUUUGUGAUCACUGCGGAUCGAUGCUUCAUGGCAUUGCACAUCAAGGUUUAAAAUGUUCAGCAUGUGAUAUGAAUGUUCACAAAAAAUGCCAAGAGAGUGUACCAAAUCUUUGCGGCUGCGAUCAUACUGAACGUCGAGGCAGAAUACAGUUACAUAUCACUUGUGUUGGAAACAAACUCACAAUAGAAGUUAUUCAAGGAAGAAAUCUUAUUCCCAUGGAUCCAAACGGGCUUUCUGAUCCAUACGUGAAAUUGAAACUUAUUCCUGAUUCAGACAGUGUUAAAAAGAAAACAAAAACUGUAAAGGCGUCAUUAAAUCCAGAAUGGAAUGAGACACUUAGUUUUGAGCUCAGAUCUGAAGAUAAAGACAGAAGACUAUUGAUUGAAGUAUGGGAUUGGGAUAGAACAUCACGUAAUGAUUUUAUGGGUUGCUUGUCAUUCGGCAUUUCAGAACUCAUAAAAGCUCCUGCUACAGGAUGGUUUAAACUACUGACACAAGAAGAAGGGGAAUUUUACAAUGUUCCAGUACCUGAAGAAGGGGUGGAUCUUAUGGAGCUAAAAUCAAAAAUGCGGCAGAAGACUUCAGUCACAAAGAAAUCAACAAUGACUCAAGACAAAGAUGUACCUCACAAUAUGGGUAAAAGUGACUUAAUACGAGCAAGUGAUUUUAAUUUUUUGAUGGUUCUUGGAAAAGGAAGUUUUGGAAAGGUAUUACUGGCAGAGAGGAAAGGAACAGAUGAACUAUAUGCAAUCAAAAUUCUUAAAAAGGACAUUAUAAUUCAAGAUGAUGACGUAGAAUGCACAAUGGUCGAAAAGCGAGUAUUAGCUCUUUCAAGUAAACCACCAUUUCUUGUACAGCUGCAUUCAUGUUUUCAAACAAUGGAUCGACUCUAUUUUGUGAUGGAAUAUGUUAAUGGCGGUGAUUUAAUGUUUCAAAUACAGCAAUGUGGAAAAUUUAAAGAACCUGUUGCAGUAUUUUACGCUGCCGAAACUGCAAUUGGAUUAUUUUAUUUACACUCUCGAGGAAUCGUUUACCGUGAUUUAAAAUUAGAUAAUGUGCUCUUGGAUCAAGAUGGACAUAUUAAAAUAGCUGAUUUUGGAAUGUGCAAAGAAGGCAUAACAGGUGAUAAAACUACAAAAACUUUUUGUGGUACUCCAGACUACAUAGCUCCAGAGAUUAUCUUAUAUCAACCUUAUGGAAAAUCUGUUGACUGGUGGGCUUAUGGAGUUCUUUUGUAUGAAAUGCUUGUUGGUCAACCACCUUUUGAUGGAGAAGAUGAGGAAGAACUAUUUGCAGCUAUUACUGAUCAUAAUGUUAGCUAUCCAAAAAAUUUGACGAAAGAAGCAAAGGAAGUCUGCAAAGGAUUUCUUACGAAAAAUCCAAACAAGAGAUUGGGCUGUGGAUUGCGAGGUGAAGAUGAUGUUCGCAGUCAUGCAUUUUUCCGUCGCAUUGAUUGGGAAAAAAUUGAAUAUCGAGAAGUUCAACCCCCUUUUAAGCCAAAAAUUAAACACCGAAAAGAUGUUAGUAACUUUGACAAGCAGUUCACAUCAGAAAAAACAGAUCUCACGCCUACUGAUAAGCUCUUCAUGAUGAAUCUAGAUCAAACAGAAUUUAUGGGAUUUUCAUUUUUGAAUCCAGAAUUUGUGCAGCAUAUAUAAUAAAAAUUUUGAUAAACACUUCAUGCACUUUACACUUUUCUACAACUUAAUAUUUAAGUCAAUCAGAUUGUUGUAUUAAAUAAAAUUUCUUUAAAUGUAUUAUCACAUAAGUCAGAACUAUUGUUAAAAACAAUGUUUCUUCUCUCGUCAAACGUAAAAUUAUAAGUUAUGUGUAUAUUAGUAAUCAUUUAAAUCAUUUUCAUUAGAUAUAGUUGAACAUAAUAAAAUCUUGUUUAUAUAUCCGAAUCCUAUAGAUGCACAUUGAUUGUAUACAAAUGGAUUGCAAUGGAUUUUACUUGUUUAUAAAAAAAUUUUAAUAAAAAGAGAUCUUAUAAAGUA